AUGAGUACCACCUCAAGGCCUCUCGAUACCGGAUUCCGCCCGAGCCCUUUAAGUCGAGAAUCCUCCGACUAUUUGGAGCUGCGGGAUUCACGAUCUUCCUCUCCCCAUGCCCAUGCAAGGCUCUCCGAUUCCAGUGAAGAUAGAGCAAGUCGGCCGACGUCGUCUGUUGGGGGAGUUGCACGACACACGCUGGGUCUGAUUCUGCUGCUGGUUGUUGUCUUCUUAUGGACAGCCUCAAACUUUCUUGGGAGCACCGUCUUCGCCGACAAGACCUAUGCGAAGCCGUUUUUCUUGACCUAUCUCAACACCGCUGUUUUCAUUCUGACACUGAUCCCUGUCCUGUUUCGAUCCGGGUACCGGAACUGGCGAAAAGGAACCCUACGGUCGUCUCUCCACAGAUUCACCACCCACACACCUUUCUCCAAACCGUCCUUGCGGGCUGGAGAAGCGGAAGCGGAAGCGGAAGCGGAGGCCUUUCUGAAAGAUGACGAUGCGGCAGGCUCCCGAGAGAUAUCUCCGGAAAAUCUCAAACACCUUGAUACCUGGUCAACAGCGCGCCUGUCAUUCUACUUCUGUAUUCUGUGGUUUCUCGCCAACUACUUCGCCAUGUCCUGUCUCCAAUACACCACAGUCGCCUCCACCACCAUCCUCACCUCCACCUCUAGCGUUUGGACGCUCCUCAUAGGCGCCAUCACCCGAACCGAGAAAUUCACCUGGCGCAAACUUAUCGGCGUUGUCGCGAGUCUCGUGGGCGUCAUCCUAAUAUCUCAAGUCGAUCUAUCGUCGUCGCCUCCGUCCUCACCUUCUUCCUCCCCACAAAACCCGACUCCCAAACGUGACGGCGGCCUCGGCGAAUCGUUCCCCAGCAAGACCCCCGCCGAACUGGCCUUCGGCGACGCCAUGGCCGCCUUCUCCGCCCUCAUUUACGGCAUCUACACCAUAACGCUAAAGCGCACCACCAACGCCGCAGCGCGAGACGGCAAGUCACUGAACAUGCCGCUCUUCUUCGGCCUCGUCGGCCUCAUCAACACCAUCCUCCUCCUCCCCUUAUUCCCCAUCCUCUCGGUUUUAAAAGUCGAAACCUUCGAACUCCCCCCCACACGCCGCAUCUGGACCAUCAUGCUGGUCAACAGCGCGUCAAGUCUCCUGAGCGAUAUAUGCUGGGCGUAUGCGAUGGUGCUGACGAGUCCGCUGGUGGUGACGGUGGGCUUGAGCUUGACGAUUCCGCUUUCGCUGGUGGGGGAGUUGAUCGUGCAGGGCAAGUCCGAGAGCGUGGUCUAUUGGAUUGGCGCGAUUAUCGUGGUGUGCUCGUUUGUGUUUGUGGAUCGGGAGGAGGUCAAAGAGGGACAUCAUCAUGAGAGUACUGGUGGUGGCGAUGGUGGUGUGGGGGUUUCUGCGGGGCGGGAGUUGGGGGACUCGAGGAAUGGUUAUGCUAGUGUGGAGCAGCAUGAGAGGAGUUCUGUGGAUUCAGCGAGAGAGACGAUAUAG